UUAAGACCGGAGUGUAUUAAUACAUCAACAAACGCAGAGAUGGUCCGUAUCUUCUAAUAUUUUCAAGAAGAAGAAAAGUGAAUGGCUUGCCUCGGGCAGUACUUGCUUUCGCAAUGGAAGCAGUAUAGGGCCACGUUAUAUCUCUGGUUCAACCAGAGGUAUGAUGAUACGACUAUCUCGUAGACCUUUUUUCUUUUUCAUUCAAGAUGAAUAAGUUAUACUAACAGUAAAUGCAGGCCCCAAAAUCAAAGAAUCAAGAAAACAUUAACGCCAAAUUAGGUUUGGUUAUCAAAUCUGGUAAAUAUACCUUAGGUUACAAGUCUGCCGUUAAAUCUUUAAGAACCGGUAAGGCUAAAUUGAUUAUCAUUGCCGGUAACACUCCAGUUUUAAGAAAAUCUGAAUUGGAAUAUUACGCUAUGUUAUCAAAAACCCAAGUUUACUACUUCCAAGGUGGUAACAAUGAAUUAGGUACCGUUUGUGGUAAAUUAUUCAGAGUUGGUACUUUAGCUAUCUUGGAUGCUGGUGACUCUGAUAUCUUGUCUUCUAUUAACUAAGUUAAUUUUAUAUAAUCUUUGUAUAGUAAUAGACUUGA